GCAAAGCUCGGCGAGCCUCCUCGUCCUCAUCCUCAUCCUCCCCAUCCCCACCGCGAGGAGCGCGACCACCCGAGCCCCAGCCACUGCGCCGCGACGGACUUGAGCCAUUCGAGGUCGGCGGACGCCAUGACGGACCCCCGCUAAGAGGCGAGACUUUGCAGCCCCCUUUCUUUGUUCUCCUCGCUGGUCGUCGCGCGCGCCUUUCGCCGAGGAGGGAAGCGACUAGGAGGAGGAAGCCGGAGGAGGAGGCUGAAGGUGUUUUCACCGCGAUACGAGGCGGAAUGGCGGACCGAGAGGCGUCGCCGAUACCGUUGGAGAUCCGAGCCCGCCUGGCCGAGUUGGAGCUGGAGCUGUCAGAGGGCGACAUCACUCAGAAGGGUUAUGAGAAGAAGAGGUCCAAGCUGAUCAGAGCGUUUGUUCCUCAUGCUGGAGGGAUGGAAGGUCCAAUGUCGCAUCGGGUCCCUUUGGGCCCGCCCUCUGCCGCCCGCUUCCAUCGACGGCGAACAUCGGGCACCAGAGAUGAACGCUACCGCUCAGACGUUCACACAGAGGCGGUCCAAGCCAUGCUGGCGCGCCACGUGGAAAGGAAGGUGGCGGUGCCCAUGCCGUCCAAACGUCGCUCCCUGGUCGUGCAGACCUCCAUGGACGCGUACACGCCGCCAGGCCUGUCGCCCUUGUGCUCAGACUCCUCGUCGGGUUCGGAGGAGGAGGCGGGCCCUUGCGACGACAUGUCGAGCAUGGAGCACUGGAUGGGCCGGCCGUCCCAGCUCGGCCCCGCCCACCUGGGCUCCACCUCCUCCUCGUCUUCAUCGACGCAAAGCGGCGGCAGCGGCAAUGCCGGGCGUCUGGCCGACUCGCUGGCGCAUGCGCACAUCUCGCAUCUGGCCCACUUGGGGCACACGCACGGAGGACCGGGACACCUGCAGCAGGGCCACCUAGCGCCCUCGCACCACGGCAUCGGCCACCUAUCUCUGAAGAGGAAAGGAGCGCUGAGCGUCGCUGAGAACGGAGGAUCUUUGCGGCGCUCCUGCGAGUUUGGCUCCGAUAUGCUGUGGCCGCCGCCGCUGGAGUCUGACGAAAACCACUCGGGCCCGCCGGACGUGUCUGGCUACUCGUCAGACUCACCUCACUCCCACACGGAGCGCCAUCCCAUGUCCAACAUGGGCACCAUCGCCCGCAACACGCAGAAGUACGGCAACGCAGAGCGCAUGGAAACCGGCGACGGCGUCCCGGUCAGCAGUCGCGUGUCGGCCAAGAUCCAGCAGCUUGUCAACACGCUCAAGCAACCUCGCCGGCCGCCGCUACGCGAGUUCUUCGUCGAUGACUUUGACGAACUUCUGGAAGUCCAACAGCCGGACCCCAAUCAGCCUCGCCCCGAGGGGGCGGAGAUGAUGCCGGUGCGAGGUGACUCCCUGGGGGUGGUCACCAACUGGCCGCCUUCGCUGGAGGCCGCCCUCCAACGCUGGGGCACCAUCUCCCCGAAAGCCCCCUGCCUUACCAGUCUGGACACGGCGGGCAAGCCUCUCUACGUGCUCACUUACGGGAAGCUGUGGUCGCGCAGCAUCAAGCUAGCUUACAACAUCCUCCACAAGUUGGGCAGCAAGCAGGAGCCCAUGGUGCGGCCCGGAGACAGGGUGGCGCUGGUGUUCCCCAACAACGACCCGGUGGCCUUCGUGGUGGCGUUCUAUGGCUGCCUGCUGGCCGAGGUGGUCCCGGUUCCCAUCGAGGUGCCCCUCAGCCGCAAGGAUGCGGGAAGUCAGCAGAUCGGUUUCCUGCUGGGAAGCUGCGGCGUCACCGUGGCGCUGACCAGUGACGCCUGCCAUAAGGGGCUCCCCAAGAGCGCCACGGGGGAGAUUCCACAAUUCAAAGGUUGGCCCAAACUGCUGUGGUUCGUCACCGAGUCCAAGCACCUGUCCAAGCCGCCCAGAGACUGGUUCCCUCACAUUAAGGACGCAAACAACGACACGGCUUACAUUGAGUAUAAAACGUGCAAAGACGGCAGCGUGCUGGGCGUCACGGUGACCAGGAUCGCUCUGCUCACGCACUGCCAGGCCCUCACGCAGUCCUGCUGCUACACUGAGGCCGAGACCAUCGUCAACGUUCUGGACUUCAAGAAGGACGUGGGAUUGUGGCACGGCAUCCUGACGAGCGUGAUGAACAUGAUGCACGUGAUCAGCGUGCCUUACUCGCUGAUGAAGGUCAACCCUCUAUCAUGGAUCCAGAAAGUGUGCCAGUACAAAGCCAAAGUGUCCUGUGUGAAGUCCAGGGACAUGCACUGGGCUCUGGUGGCCCACAAGGACCAGAAGGACAUCAACCUGAGCUCCCUGCGCAUGCUUCUCGUGGCCGACGGUUCCAACCCUUGGUCCAUCUCGUCGUGCGACGCGUUCCUCAACGUCUUUCAGACCAAAGGCCUGCGAGCGGAGGUCAUCUGUCCCUGCGCCAGUUCGCCCGAGGCUCUGACGGUCGCCAUCAGGAGGCCAGCGGAGGACAGCAGCCAGCCACCAGGUCGCGGCGUGCUGUCCAUGCAGGGUCUCAGUUACGGAGUGGUCCGCGUGGACACGGAGGAGCGUCUCUCUGUCCUCACCGUGCAGGACGUCGGGACGGUGAUGCCAGGAGGGCUGGUGUGCGUGGUGAAGCCCGAAGGCGUCCCUCAGCUCUGUCAGACGGACGAGAUUGGCGAGCUGUGCGUGUGCGCCAUCGCCACCGGCACGUCCUACUACGGCCUCACCGGCAUGACCAAGAACACCUUCGAGGUGUACCCGGUGAGCGGCGGCGGCGGGCUGGUGAGCGAGUACGCCUUCGUGCGGACCGGCCUGCUGGGCUUCAUUGGACCCGGCGGCCUGGUCUUCAUCACAGGCAAGAUGGACGGCCUCAUCAUGGUCAGCGGGCGCCGGCACAACGCCGACGACGUCGUGGCCACGGCCUUGGCGGUGGAGCCCAUGAAGUUCGUCUACAGGGGAAGGAUAGCCGUUUUCUCCGUGACCGUCCUGAGGGACGAGCGGAUCGUGGUGGUGGCCGAGCAGCGGCCGGACUCCACCGAGGAAGACAGCUUCCAGUGGAUGAGUCGCGUCCUGCAGGCAAUCGACAGCAUCCACGGCGUGGGCGUCUUCUGUUUGGCUCUGGUUCCGGCCAACACGUUGCCCAAGACUCCGCUGGGCGGCAUCCACCUGUCUGAGAUCAAGCAGCUGUACCUGGAGGGGGGACUGCACCCCUGCAACGUCCUCAUGUGCCCCCACACCUGCGUCAGCAACCUUCCCAAGCCUCGACAGAAGCAGCCAGAAAUCGGCCCCGCCUCCGUGAUGGUGGGCAAUCUGGUGUCAGGCAAGCGGAUCGCUCAGGCGAGCGGGAGAGAUCUGGGACAGACGGAUGACAACGACCAGGUGAGACGAAUCAUCUCAAUAGAAUUUUUAUGUUGUUGUUCUUCCUCGACAUCCUUUCCACUCUCAACUCACUUCCUGGGUACGCAGUUCCUGUUCCUGUCAGAGGUUUUGCAGUGGCGAGCUCAAACAACACCUGACCACAUUCUCUACACUCUGCUCAGCUCUCGGGGGGCAGUCUCCAACUCCCUCACCUGCCUGCAGCUCCACAAGCGGGCAGAGCGAGUGGCGGCUCUGCUAAUGGAGCGCGGCGGCCUGCAGGAAGGAGACCACGUGGCUCUGGUCUACCCACCCGGUAUCGACCUGAUCGCCGCCUUCUACGGCGCGCUGUACGCCGGCUGCGUCCCCAUCACAGUGCGACCGCCCCACCCGCAGAACAUCUCCACCACGCUGCCCACCGUCAAGAUGAUCGUGGAGGUUAGCCAAUCGGCCUGCGUGAUGACCACGGCCGUCAUUUGCAAGCUGCUCCGCUCCAAAGAGGCCACGGCCACCGUGGACAUCAGAAAUUGGCCGCCUGUCCUGGACACUGACGACCUGCCAAAGAAGAAACCUCCGGCAUUGUACAAACCCAGCAACCCUGACGGUUUGGCAUAUUUGGACUUCAGCGUGUCCACCACCGGCAUGCUGGCGGGCGUCCAGAUGUCCCAUAAUGCCGUGGGAGCGUUCUGCCGCUCUGUGAAGCUGCAGUGUGAGUUGUACCCGUCAAGAGAGGUGGCCAUCUGCCUCGACCCGUACUGCGGCCUCGGCUUCGUCCUCUGGUGUCUCUGCAGUGUCUACUCAGGCCACCAGUCCAUCCUGAUCCCGCCAGUGGAGCUGGAGUCCAACCCGGCGCUGUGGCUGCUGGCCGUCAGCCAGUUGCGGGUGCGAGACACCUUCUGCUCCUACAGCGUCAUGGAGCUUUGCACCAAAGGUCUCGGCCUGCAAACCGAAACCCUCAAGGCCCGUGGUCUGGACCUGUCGCGGGUGCGGGCGUGUGUGGUGGUGGCCGAGGAGAGGCCCAGGAUGUCCCUCACGCUCUCCUUCUCCAAACUCUUCAAAGAUCUCGGCCUGCACCCGCGUUCGGUCAGCACAGCCUUUGGCUGCAGGGUCAACCUGGCCAUCUGCUUGCAGGGCACGUCAGGACCGGACCCCACCACGGUCUAUGUGGACAUGAGGGCACUGCGCCAUGACAGGGUGCGUCUGGUGGAGAGAGGUUCUCCUCACAGUCUCCCUCUGAUGGAAUCCGGAAAGAUCCUGCCUGGAGUUCGCAUCAUUAUCGCCAACCCCGAGACCAAAGGCCCUCUGGGGGACUCGCACCUGGGAGAGAUCUGGGUGCACAGCGCCCACAACGGCAGCGGCUACUACAGCGGCUACGGCGAGGAGGUCCUGCAGUCGGACCACUUCAACUCCAGGCUGAGCUUCGGCGACACGCAGACCGUUUGGGCCCGGACGGGCUACCUGGGCUUCCUCCGCCGCACCGAGCUCACCGACGCCAACGGAGAGAGACACGACGCUUUGUUUGUGGUGGGCGCCCUGGAGGAGGCCAUGGAGCUGCGGGGGAUGCGCUACCACCCCAUCGACAUCGAGACGUCUGUCAUCCGCGCGCAUAAGAGCAUCAUGGAGUGUGCCGUGUUCCCGUGGACCAACCUGCUGGUGGUGGUGGUGGAGCUGGAGGGCUCGGAGCAGGAGGCGCUGGACCUAGUUCCCAUGGUGACCAAGGCGGUGCUGGAGGAGCAUUACCUGAUUGUGGGCGUGGUGGUGGUGACCGACAUUGGGGUCAUCCCCAUCAACUCGCGCGGCGAAAAACAGCGGAUGCACCUGCGCGACGGCUUCCUGCAGGACCAGCUGGACCCCAUCUACGUGGCCUACAACAUGUAGCGUGCACGUGCGUGCGUGUGUGUGUGCGUGUGUGUGUGUGCGCUCUCCACUUGUCGCUUUUGUCCCUCGUUAGUUGACUGAGCGCGCCGCUAACGUCGUGCGCGUGACCGCCGCCAGGGAAGCUUCGUGGUAACGGAAGGGAAACCCGCAAGGAGCCUCUUGUAAAAAAUAUAAAUAUUGUACAUUGACAUAACAAUCUAUAUGGAGAGGAAGCGAAAAGACCAGGAGGUGUCGAGUAGCCCCAAUAUGCAGCCCUCUCACCACCCCAGCAGACCGCGUGUGUGCGCAUGUGUGUGUGGAUGUGUGUGUGUUUGUGUGUGAGUGAGUGAGUGAGACAGGGACAUUUGGUGUCGCUUCAGUGGGAAUUUGAAGGGAUUUUAGCUACCAUCAACUACGGUUGUAAAAUUGCGCUAAUUUUGGAGUCGGAAACUUUCUCUGGGUAUAAAACCAGGAAUUUUUGCAAGUUGGAAGACUUUUUUUGGGGGGGGGGAAAUCAUGCAAAAUAAGUUGAUUUUACUCCUUUUAGGCAGAGUGGUGCCUUGAGAUGUGAGCAUUGUGUGGCACCUCCCCAGUAAGCAAAAAGUUGUCCAAAAAAGGCUUCCAGCUGUUUCAUGCCAAUCCCAUUUUAAGUUUACUCAAAAGCUAAACUGAGAACAAAAACAAUGACACUUUCGAUAUUUAAAACAGCAGUUGUGGUUUUAGAAAACAAUUCUCACGGGUACAUAUAUUGUUUAUCCUCUGCAAAAAAUGAAGACUAUUACAGCAGUCAGAAUAGAAGAAGUACUCUUCUUCGCUUGAGUCUGCAUGAUUGUGGUACUGUACUGCCUCCGUGUGGUCAAGGCGGGCACACCAGAAGGAGCAGCACAAUGAAUUCGAUUGCAGCAUUUCAUCAGAAUGAAGAUAUUGUUUUAUUCUUUACAUUCUAUCUAAUUAUGUUGUUACACAAUGUUCUUGGAAACUACAACAUGCUAUUUUUCCUCUUUUGAAUUCCAUUUCUGAGGAAUGAAAAGGCUGGCGCAAUUCGCGAGUGUAAUGCCCCCCGCAUGUGGGCAAAGAGAGCAUUGUUUUGCAUGGGUGUCUGCUUAUAACAAAACAAAAUAUUGAUAUUGAUGUUUUGACAUGAGAUCUUGCCAUUUCAUUCCCAUGGGCUAAGCUAACACUGUAGCAAUAGGAUACCCCAAAGUUGUAUGUGCGACACGCUGAACAAAGGGAAGCCUGUCCACACUUUGGCGGCCGACACUUUAUUUUCUCUGAGCCAACAACUAGUUUGUCCUCAUUUCCUUUGCCAGCUGAAAAAAAGACUUUAUUUUCCCCAUGGAAAACAGUUGAUGCAGUUGGCUUGUUGUUUUAAAAAGCUGCAUCACGGCAAAAUAUCUGUUUUUAGUCUUCGUCAUAUUGCCCCAUUUUGUUGAACGCUAACCUUUUUGCAAUGAAAUGAAACACUAACUUUUAAGAGUUCAUUUCUCCUCACCACCUUCGAAAUCAUUUUGACCAAGACGAGUAUCUUUAGUAGUCGUGUGGUUGCGUGUUUUGCUACAAAACACUUUGCUGUGUCUUACGUGCACUAACUCAGAUGUUUUAUUCAAAGUCUAGAAAAGAAUGAAGACGAUUAAAGAUGAAUAUUUAUUACAAAUAAAAACUUUAUUGUCAGUCCAUCCCGAAAAGGUGGAGGUGUUGGUGUUGGCUAGCUUUGCGCUGUUAGCGUAGUUAGCAGUAUGCCGCGGACUGUGACGCAGAUUAUGUAGAAUAUUUUCAAUAUGUGUCAUCAAGUCUUUUAUUUCAUCACCGACAGGAAGGGGAAGCGAGGAUGUCUUUAUGCAUAUCAGCUAGUUCAGCGAUGCUAGCGGUUUUAGCCUCCGUGUGUGUUCAAGCGCGACAAAGGACGUCCCAUCAAGUGUGUUUGUGAGUGUGUGUGUGUCUGCGUGCGUGUGCUUGAGAGUGUAUUGUAUGUAAAUAGUGUUGAUUUUGUACGGUACAAAUGUGUGUGACUUGUUUUGUACACAUGACUUAAAAAAGAUGAAAUGACACUUUUAUAAGAGUCGUCUACUGGCUCACGUCACACUAAACAAGUGCAAUAAAGUGCUUUGAUUGGCUAAAGAGA